GUCUCAGGUGUGUGUUCGGCCUGUGAGCAGUGAUGGGGGACUGGAGUCUCCUGGGGAAUUUCCUAGAGGAGGUGCAGGAACACUCUACCUCGGUCGGGAAGGUCUGGCUCACCGUCCUCUUCAUCUUUCGCAUCCUGGUGCUGGGCACAGCAGCCGAGUCGUCCUGGGGCGACGAGCAGAGUGACUUCCUGUGCGACACUCAGCAGCCUGGUUGCACCAACGUGUGCUAUGACAGCGCCUUCCCCAUCGCCCACAUCCGCUACUGGGUGUUGCAGAUUGUUUUUGUCUCCACGCCGUCCCUCAUCUACAUGGGCCACGCCAUGCACAUUGUGCGCAGGGAGGAGAAGCUGCGGAGGAUGGAGCAGGACCAACGGGAAGAGAGAGGGGAAGGCGGAGAAGACCUGGAGGGGGAGAAGGAAUACCUUCAGCAGAAAGCGAGCAAAAGUAUAAUGGCAAAUGAUGGGACUGGCCGUGUUCGCCUGAAAGGAGCGCUGCUACAGACUUACAUCCUGAGCAUCAUGAUUCGCACAGUAAUGGAGGUGACGUUCAUCGUGGUACAGUACAUGAUCUAUGGGGUGUUCCUCAGGGCGUUGUACCUGUGCAGGGCUUGGCCCUGCCCCAACCCCGUCAACUGCUACAUGUCCCGGCCCACAGAGAAGAACGUCUUCAUCAUCUUCAUGCUGGUGGUGGCCGGUGUGUCUCUGCUUCUCUCUGUGCUGGAGCUCUACCACCUUAGCUGGAAGAGCGCCAGGAGGUGUUUACGCAACAAGAGGAUACAAAAGAGAACUAUGACGGUGGUCGCGUCCGCAGCCUUGGAGCCCAACAGCCCCCCUCGGCCCUCGGCCUCCUGCACCCCACCUCCUGACUUCAGCCAGUGCCUGGCAGCCCCGAACUCCCUGAACCCCAUAACCUCUAUGGCCUCUCAUCCCUUCAACAACAGGAUGGCGCUGCAGCAGAACUCAGUGAACUUGGCCACAGAGCGGCAUCACAGCUGCGACAACCUGGAGAAGGAUGCAGACUUCUUGAUGAUGAGAUACGACCGAGUGCCCUCAGAGUUGCCCAACAGCUGCUCCCCAUCGCUGCUGCUGCACUCCAGCUACAUGAAGGACAAACGACGCCUGAGCAAAGCCAGUGGCACCAGCAGCCGAGCUCGGAAGGACGACCUGGCAGUAUAG